UUCAAUAAAAGGCCAUGUUCCUCAUUUUCCCUCUCAUAUCCAAUUUUUGCCCUAGUUAUAGCAAAGUGUUAAUUAAUUUACACUACCAAAAAAAUGGAGAAUCUGCUUUGGCUUCCAACAAAUGACAAGAAGGCAAUGGAAGAUGAGCUUAUAAGAGGACGUGACAUGGCAAAUCAAUUACUUGAGGCACUGACUUAUGAUGAUAAGUCAAAUAUAGAAGUGAAAGGGUCAAAUUCAAAAUCAUCACCAGUGUUACCCUUAAUUGCAGGAGAUCUUGUGCGUGAGGUACUUAAAUCAUUGACAAAUACACUUUUACUCUUGAAUAACUGCAAAGACUCCAAUGAUGUGGCUCUUCCUAUAACUAUUAGAGAUUUUUCUUUCUCAACGAAUUGCAACAAGCUUGAGGAGGAUUUUGAUGGAUCUUGCAAGAAACUCAAGACUCUCAACACCAAAAAUCCAAAAGGGUCGAACAAGAGAAAGUCAAUUUCACCAACUUGGGAAAAAAGGACCUCAAUAUUGAUGGAUGACGGUCAUGCUUGGAGAAAGUAUGGACAAAAAAAGAUCGCAAAUACGAAAUACUACAGGAGCUACUAUAGGUGUACACACAUGAACGAUCAACACUGUGAAGCAAUCAAACAUGUUGAAAGAACUCAAGAGAACCCUCCAUUGUAUAGGACUGCAUAUUAUGGCCAUCACACUUGCAAAAGUUAUUUGCAUUCAGAUAUAAAUUUGGAAUCCAUUUUGUCAUCAAAUGACUCUUCUAUAUUACUUAGUUUUGAUAACAACAUUCCAAUUAAAGAAGAAAACUCGUUUCCACCAUCACCAUUGCCAUUUCUUGCAUCUACAAAAGAGGAUCCUAAGGAAGAGAUUCAUGAUGAUUAUUCUUCUCAAAAUCAAUUGUUCUCAUCAGAUAACCUCAUAUCAUGUAACUUUGAAGUUUAUUUUGAUUAUUUGAGACGUGCCACUAUGCUAUCAUCGAUUGAAUCAUUUGAAUUUGAGAAUGUUUAUGACCAGUUAGGAUUUUGAUGGCUAUGGAUAUGUUUCUGUCUAAGUGUAAAUUUAUUUUCAAAGUUUGGCAUUGGAGGAUAAUAGGUAUGUCAAAUAAUUAAUGGGAGAUUUAUUUGAUCGUUUAACUUAUGAUGUCUUGCUCAGUUAGUUGAUAAAUUGAUAAAAAUAGUAGUACAUUUUAAUGAUAUGUGUGAUUGUAAAACUAGCUCGAUUUCUGGUAACAAGCAUCUACAAAUUCCAUUUCAA